AUGUUUUUGAACCAGAGCUCCCGCGUGGUGCGCCAGCAAUGGCGGCUCUCCAGCCGGCGACUAUCGUCUCUAAGUCAACAACACCGCGCGCGAGGACCAACCCUCAGGACUCCGCUAUCCCCACCGUUUGCGCCUCCCGCAAGGCUCUUCCAUGCAAGCAGGAGUCUCUACGCUGUGAAGCCUGUGUUGCUCGCUGAUAUUGGAGAGGGCAUUGUCGAGUGCGAAAUCAUCCAAUGGUUCGUCGAACCCGGGGCGCGCGUCGAGGAGUUCUCUCCACUAUGCGAGGUUCAAAGUGAUAAGGCUUCGGUGGAAAUCACCAGCCGCUUCGCCGGUGUGGUUAAGAAGUUGCACUAUGAAGCGGGCGAGAUGGCCAAGGUGGGCAAGCCGUUUGUCGAUAUCGACAUUCAAGGUGAUGCCAAAGAGGCAGACUUGCAGGCUCUCGCACCUGCUGAGCCUGUGACCCCAACAGAGCCAACUACAAAGAUCGAGAACCAGGUGGCGGCUCAGUUACCAAAGCAACCUCCACCAGCACCACCAUCAGAGCAUAAGCCUGCACCGUGGAGCAAUGGGGUCUACGAGCAUACCUCACCUAAGCCUCAACCAGGCGAGAAGGUGAUUCUGGCAACUCCAGCAGUCAGAUACCUCGCCAAAGAACUCAACGUCGACCUUCUCCAAGUCCAAGGCACGGGCAAAGAAGGCCGCAUCCUAAAAGAAGACGUCUACAAGUUCGUCGAGCAAAAGAACGCACCCCCAGCUCCCACCCCAAGCCCCUUUACUCCCUCCUCCUCCACCACACCCACCAGUCAACAACAACAAGAAACCCCCAUGCUCCUCACCCGAACCCAAGAAAUGAUGUUCAAAACCAUGACCCGCUCCCUCUCCAUCCCCCACUUCCUCUACGCCGACGAGGUCGACUUCACCUCUCUGGUCGAGCUCCGCUCCCGCCUCAACAAAGUCCUCGCCAAACAACCCCUGUCUCUAGACUCAGCCACCCACCCGGUAGCAAAACUAUCCUACCUCCCCUUCAUCAUCAAGGCAGUCUCCAUGGCCCUAUACAAAUACCCCAUCCUCAACUCCCGCGUCGACAUCGACCCUGCCACAUCCAAACCCUCCCUCGUGCUCCGGAGUCAGCACAAUAUCGGGAUUGCAAUGGACACCCCCCACGGGCUACUCGUCCCCGUCAUCAAAAACGUCGGAUCACUCAACAUCCUCCAGAUCGCAGCGGAACUCACGAGACUUCAAAGUCUGGCUACGGAGGGGAAGCUGAGCGUGGGGGAUAUGUCCGGGGGAACGAUCACGGUGAGCAACAUCGGGAACAUUGGGGGCACGUACCUCAGUCCGGUGGUGGUGGAGAAGGAGGUGGCAAUUCUGGGGAUUGGGAGGAUGAGGACCGUGCCUGCUUUUGGGGAGAAUGACCGGGUGGUCAAGAAGGAGAUUUGCAACUUUAGCUGGAGCGCGGAUCAUAGGGUUGUGGACGGGGCGACGAUGGCGAGGGCGGCCGAGGUGGUGAGGGGGAUUGUGGAGGGGCCGGAUGUGAUGGUUAUGCAUUUGAGGUAG